CACGUGACCUCGCUUACUUCCAUUCGAUUGGACAAAAGAAGUGUCUGACGUCACUUACCAGGAAGUAUGAAUGCUUGUGGCGGGAGUAGCGAGUCCUCGUCGAGAAGUCUUGACCAGAAAUGGCUCAAAACGAAUCGAAAUCCAAACUUAAGAGGGAAAAGCUUUCUGCGAGGGGAAACUCGCCGAAGAUACGGACAGGUUCCGUGCUGAGUAAACCAGCGGAGACCCAGGGACAGUUGUGGUGGAAGCGACGAGAUCUGCCGGCGGUGGAGCAACUGUGGGCUUCAGCACUGGAGUGGAUGGGGCCAGAGGAGAGCGGCAGGUUCCUGGUUCCUGAGCUGCCACUUCCUGUUGUAGAGCAGUCUGGGAGAGGAUUUAGAGAAGAAUCCCAGAGCAACAUCACACAGGAAGCGCCCCCAGUUCCAGCAGUGCCCCACCAGGUUGAUCUCCGCCCCUCCAGUUCCAGCCUUGCGCCACCCCUGAUAGCCUCCCCCGAACGUUUGGAGGUGGAAACUCCUCAGCUGCAGGAUGGUGAGGAGAAAAAGAAUGUCAGUGAAGAACAGCAGGGCUGUCCUCUGUGUCUGCUGGUGUUUCCUCCCAGCUUUACUCAACUGGACCGUGACGGACACUUGGCUGAGUGUCUGUCAGAGAUGAACGAGGACAUAACCUGGUGAAGCUGCUGCUCCAUCCCACGGUGACGGUGGACAUUUCUGGGAUUGAUACUGAACCACCUGCUGCAUAGUUUCAGAAACAUCGCGGUAUUCAUCAUUAA